ACGAAAGAGGGUCAGGUCAAAGUAAUAUCCGAAGACGGUCGGGCAAUGUGCUAUCAGUGGUCAUCAGCCGAGCAACGCUGGAUCAAGAUCGGUGAUGUGGUUGGUACCUCACAGCAGAGCGAUGGGUUAUCGAGCUCACGGCAGUUAUUUGAAGGCAAAGAAUAUGACUUCGUGUUUACCGUGGACUUUGAUCCAAACAAUCCGCCUGUUAAACUGCCCUACAAUCGGACUGAUGACCCUUGGAUGGUGGCACAGACCUUUAUCCACAAAUAUGAUCUUCCCCAAACGUAUUUAGAUCAAGUAGCAAAAUACAUAAUCACUAAUGCCGGACCUCUUAACCCCAGAAGCUUCACUUCCGACUACAUUGAUCCUUAUACUGGUACCAGCAGGUAUAUACCUGGCUCUGCUACCAGUCCCAGUGGUGCCAGUGGUGAAGGCAACCUACCCACCAAUGAAUCUCCAUCUCAGCUUGAGCUUGUUUCUCCGUACAACGCGUGUUUUCCUGCUGAGGUAGCUGUCCUUAUCAAAGCAGUCACAACAAACUAA